UUAGAUGCAUUUACAUGCUUUAAUGGAGGUGAAUGUGCGUACUGGCAGCUGUGUGAUUGUAGUCGAUAUAACGCAACUGGAUCAAGGUGUCAGAUAGUGCACAACACAGGAGCAGAAAGAGACAGUAUUUGUCGAACAUGGGGACAGUACCAUUAUGAAACCUUUGAUGGCCUCUACUACUUUUUCUCUGGGAAAUCUACUUAUUGUCUUGUCAGACAGAAUGAACUGGAUGAGCAAAGCUUCUCUAUACAAGUUCAUAAUGAUCCAGAAUGCAAGUCUCCUCCCUACUCUUGUAAACGAUCGAUAAGUCUAUACUUUUCGGGAGAUGGAGAAAUCAGAUUAAGUAGUGAAGUCACUUACAAAGGAACUGGAAUACAGUUACCGUAUACCAUUGGGAACCUGUACAUCCAAAAACUGGCAGGAUAUGUUAUUGUUAGACACCAGUAUGCAUUUUCUCUGGCUUGGGAUGGUGCAUCUGCUGUUUAUAUUAAGAUGGCUCCUGAUUACUUGGGAAAAACCCAUGGAUUAUGUGGUAACAACAAUGCCAUUUUGCAAGAUGAACUUGCCACAAGUUAUGGGAAGCUUACAGAAGAUAUUGAAGAGUUUGUUGAAAGCUGGAGAGAGAUUCCACCCCAAGAGAAUAUCUUCUCCAGUGAUGUCUCAUUUAACUAUGAACCACCCUGCCUGACUCACUCCCAAUCAUUUUUACAGAGGAUAUACACACUAUGCAACAUGCUACUUUGGCCCCCUUUCAAAGAAUGUCAUGAGUUUGUGAGCCCAUUUCCUUUCAUGGCCAGUUGUACGAAUGAUCUAUGCAUGUCAGGAGCUGAUAAUGCAACUUGGUGUCGAGCAUUAACUGAAUAUGCACGAUCCUGUGCACAAGCAGGAAGACCUCUCCAUAACUGGCGGGCACAGUUUGAGGAGUGUGCUGUUAAAUGUGAGGAAAAUCUUGUCUACAAUGAAUGCAUUUACUGUUGUCCAGUUUCAUGUCAGCAAAAGGCAUAUUGUAUUGGCAGUGAACUUCCCUGUGUCGAUGGAUGUUAUUGUCCUGAUGGACUUAUUUAUGAAAAUAAAUUGUGUGUUAGGCCAACUGAUUGCCCCUGCGAUUACCAUGGAACUGUCUACAGAACUGGAGAUGUGAUCUAUGAAGACUGCAACAAUUGUACAUGUGCUGGAGGAAAAUGGAUUUGCACAAACCUUACUUGUCCAGCUGAAUGUUCAGUCUCUGGAGAUAUGCACUUCACAACAUUUGAUGGGCGUAAAUAUACUUUUCAAGCAACUUGCCACUAUAUUCUGGCAAAAAGUCUUACCUCUGGCAAAUUUGCUGUGAUUCUUCAAAAUGCUCCAUGUGGGCAGAAUCAAGAUGGUGCAUGUAUCCAGUCAAUUAGUCUUAUUCUCAAUCAUGAUUCCAAGCGGCAAGUGACUCUGACCCGUUCAGGAGAUGUUUUGGUAUAUGAUCAAUACAAAGUUAAUCUGCCAUAUAUAGAUGAUUCUUUUGAAAUAAAGAAAAUUUCCUCUGUAUUUUUGCAAGUAAAGUCAUCUAUUGGAUUACAAAUAUUUUAUGACCAAGAUGGUUUGAGACUUUAUCUUGAAGCUGAUGCUAGAUGGAAAGAUGAUACUAUAGGGCUCUGUGGAACAUUCAAUGGAAACACUCAAGAUGAUUUUUUAUCUCCAGUUGGAGUGCCAGAGAGUACACCUCCAAUUUUUGGAAAUUCUUGGAAAACUUCAUCAGCUUGCACUCCAGUGCACGAUAGUUCACCAAUGGAUCCAUGUGAUGUCCAUCUACAGGCAGCCACUUAUGCAACAGAAGCUUGCAGCAUCAUUACAAAAGAGCUCUUUGCCCCAUGCUUUUACUAUCUGAGUCCUCUCCCCUAUUUUGAACAGUGUAGAAGAGAUACUUGUAAAUGUGGGCAGGCCUGUGUGUGCUCAGCUCUGUCCCAUUAUGCCCACCUGUGCCAGAGAUUUGGAGUGCUGAUAGACUUUCGGAGCAAUGUCCCAGAAUGUGCUCUUUCAUGUGAAGAUACAAAGGAGUACAGUACCUGUGCAUCUAUCUGCGGCAGAACCUGCCAAGCAUUCUCUGUGCCAGAGGUGUGCAGUGAUGACUGUGUCGAAGGUUGCACCUGUCCAUCUGGAAUGUAUUUGAACAUCAAAACUGACAGAUGUGUGCAACAACAUGAAUGUCCCUGCUAUUUUCAGGGAAUUGACUACCCACCUGGAGAAAAUAUAAUUACAUCUUUAGGAAAAUGCCAUUGCAGUGAUGGAAUAAUGAGCUGUGAAGAAGACAAUGUUGUCUAUGAUUGUCCAGAUGGCCAAAUCUAUGUAAACUGCAGUGAUCCGCAAACCAUGAAACUUGGUAGGGAGAGAACAUGUGAAAAUCAGCUACUAAACCUCACUGUCUCUGCACAUCUUCCCUGUUUUUCAGGAUGUACAUGCCCUUAUGGCUUUGUUAAACACGGGGAUGUAUGUUUCAAACCAGAUGAAUGUCCAUGUUCUUGGAAAGGGAAAGAGUAUUUUCCUGGAGACAAAGUAAUUUCUUCUUGUCAUACAUGUAUCUGCCAUCAUGGAUCUUUUGAGUGCACUUUCCAUCCUUGCCCAUCAAUGUGUACUACAUAUGGAGAUCGCCAUUACAGAACUUUUGAUGGGCUUUCAUAUGAUUACAUUGGAAAUUGUAAGGUUUAUCUAAUAAAGAGUUCUUCAAUUACUAGUUUCUCCAUCAUUGUAGAAAAUGUUAACUGCUUUAAUACUGGAAUAAUUUGCAGAAAGUCUAUUUUCAUUAACAUUGGAAAAUCAUUCAUAAUAUUUGAUGAUGACACUGGAGAUCUGAGUCCACUGAGUUACAUAGACAAAUUACAACAAAUAUAUAUAUGGAAAGCUGGGUUUUUCACACUUGUUAAUUUUCCUAAUGAACGCAUCACAGUAAUGUGGGAUCAAAGAACAACUGUUCAUGUGGAGAUAGGGCCUCAAUGGCAGGGUGAGCUGACCGGCUUAUGUGGAAAUUUUGAUUCAAAAACAAUAAAUGAAAUGAGGACUCCAGAUAAUUUUGAGUUAACAAAUGCACAAGAAUUUGGGAGUAGUUGGGCAGCAGGAGAGUGCGUAGACGGUUCUGACAUUCGGCAUCCAUGUAUUUUAAAUCCACUAAGAGAACCAUUUGCCAAGAAAGAAUGUGGAAUACUAUUAAGUGAAAUAUUUGAGCCUUGCCAUCAGGUGGUUGAUGUCACCUGGUUUUAUUCAAAUUGUUUGAUGGAUACAUGUGGUUGCAACCAGGGAGGAGACUGUGAAUGUUUCUGCACAAGUGUUGCAGUAUAUGCACAUCAGUGUUGUCAACAAGGAAUUAUGGUAGAUUGGAGAUCUCCUAGACUGUGUCCUUAUGAUUGUGAAUAUAUCAAUAAAGUUCUAGGAAAGGGUCCCUACAAGCUGGCCAGCUACUUGGACGGAGAAGUUGCAGUCGCAGCCAACCUGCUGGAUGGUUCUGUUUUUCCAGCAAGAGGAGACAGCUUUGCUCCUGGAGAUGCUGUGAACUUUAUGUUGACAUCAGGACUGUAUAAGCUUAAAGCACACGAUCCAAACCUGGUUUCAUUUGAAAUGGCAGAGAGACCAAAUUAUUUCCUUUUCUUAGCUUCUAAUAAUACCCUGGUUCUUGCCAAAUGGGAAAGAAAUGAAAAAUUUCAGAAUAGAUCAACAUUUACCAUCCACAAAGACACAUGGCUCUCAGGAUAUAGUUCCUUUGAAUCGUUUGCAGUGCCAGGAGCCUUCCUCCACAUUUCAGUGUCAUCCGUGAAUGUUGUUAAAUACCGUCACUCUGAGGCAUUCAGACUCUCUACACUUUUUAAACUUGUAGAUUCUCAGUUUAAAUUUCUAACCCACUCGACCUGUGAGUGGCGCUAUGAUGUUUGUACAAGCCCGUGUUUCAAAACAUGCCGGGAUCCCUUGGCAGAGCUCUGCCAGACGGUACCAAAAGUGGAAGGCUGUGUCCCCUUGUGUCCUUUGAAUAUGGUUCUGGACGAAGUCACUCAAAGAUGUGUCUACUUUGCCGACUGCAUUGAACCUGUGGCUGAAGUUCAAAUACCACUAUCUACUUCAAAGACGCAUGCAGCUUCUGAGACACUUGAAACUUAUGCAGCAACCCUAAGUGAAGGAAUAACUUCAUCUCCAAGGCCAUCCUCAAAAGACAGAGAAACAACACCUGCAUUUGAAAGGCAAUUCACUCCAACCAUAGAGAAAACUAAAUUUUCUAUUCUUCAGUUGCCAAAUAUUACAGGUUCUGCCACGUCUCCGACAUCAAAUGUUUCAACACAUACUGCCUCUGUUAAAAGUGUAAUGCCAGUGUUUACACAUCCAGUAUCAGAUGUUGGCUUUCCUCCUUUAGUUGAAACUUCAACUAUUUCAGUUACUGGUGUUUUUCCUAGUAAACCAACAGGUAGGACAACGUCUUUGCCAAUCCUUUCAACUGAAGAAGCAAGAAAAAUCCCAACUAUUACUGUGGUUCCUUCUAUUACUGGACACGAUAAAUUGCCAGCCACAGUUGGUAUAGUAUCAGAAACAAAAGAAAUACAUGUUAAGAGUUUUCCUACAACGGAAACAGAAAGUAUUAUAGAAAGCAAACCAUCUUCUACAGUGACAUCAAAAACAGACAGGAUAAGUGAUUUUUUAACCAAAGCUACCCAACCAUCUUUGGAAUCACCUUCCUAUUUUUCCACAGUCACGAGAGCAACAGCUUCAGGUGGAACAAAACUGGAUGCAAGCCAGCCAUUUGUAAUGCUUGCCAAUGUCACUGUAACAUCAUUUUCUCCUUUAUUUACUACUUUAUCCACAUUAAAGCCAGCUGUUAAACCAGUGCCUUCAGAAACUUCAAAAACAACUGUUUCUUUAGUCAAAGAGGGAAUUAAGACUACAUUUAUUCAAAUACCUCAAGUACUUACAUUAACUACCACCACAGUGCCUACACAUCUAAGUACUUUGCAGUUUUCUACUGUUAAAAAAGAAAUGGCACAAACAACAUCAAGUGUUACACAUCCACCAAGUUCAUAUGUUUCUCAGUAUUCUACUACCUCGAAACCCACUGUGUUUUCUUCGAAACUUACUCAGUUAUCUGACACCUUUUCUUCAACAAAAUCAACAGAAAUUUUGCAAACUGGAUUGACAAGUGAAUAUUCAACAUUUGAACAAUUGAAUGUGACUGAGGCUGUGUCUCAUUCAUCCACUUAUCCUGUUUUAUCUCAUACUAUAAAGCCUGCAUCUUUGUCUACAAAAGUCAGCUCAGAAAUGACCACUUCUUCAGCAUUACUAAGACACACUUCAAUCUCCCCAAGAACAUCUACAGGAUUCAAAGCAUCUCUGCCCCCCAAAACAACAGAGACAAGUGUUGUGCCUGAUUCUAUUGCUCAGACAGCAACAAAACCUGAUUUUACCAAAGAAAUAACAACGUUUGUUCCAAUUCCAUUGGUAACUAAAAUAUUGGAACCAGUUGAACUAACUGACUAUCCAUUUACUCUGCAUGCUGUAGCUGAUACAGAAAAACUAAAAUAUCUUAGCACAACUGAGUCAGAAAAAACCACUAGCAUAUAUGCAAGAAAGCCUUCUACUAUUCUGCCAGUGCCCAUUUUUACAGCAGAGGUAUCAAGGAAUGUCACUAGUCUUGUGUUUCCAUUGCCUGAAGAUAGAGUUACCAAACCUGCUGCACUUGAUUCAGUAACAGUGAAGACUACGCCUGUCUUUUCUUUGCCCCUUACAACAGAGUUACUGCCUACAGUAACCUCAAGACCAGAAUUUGAAAUAAAGGAAGUUUUAGGAGACACUGGAGUUACUUUAUCUCCAUUCACUAAAAUUAGCAGCCAGUCAUCAACUGUCAAAGAAUUAGAACCAACUACAGAAGUAUCUGUAUUUUCUCCUUCUGUCACUCCAGCAACACUUCAUGCUACAUCCUACAAGACAGAGACAACCGUUCCCACUUACACUUCAACAAAAAAAGUAGCAGCCACUGCAGAACAGCCAGCUGAGAAAACAAAAUCAUAUAUUACUCCCAAGGCUGCUUUUUCUGUCCAUACUUUCCCAAGGACGUCUUCCCAUUUGAAGGUGGGAUCCACAGUUCCAUACUUUACAGCCCAAACAACAGAGAGGCAUGAUUCCUUACCAACUUUGAAGGUUUCCUUAACAACAAAGAGAACUACAGGAGCUUAUCAGUCUCCAGCUGAGGUGGUAAGGACUAAUAUUCAACCAAAAAGUACUUUCAGCACAACAGAAUCAGCAGUCAAGCUUGCUGUGUCCUCCCUCUUCCAAAGCACUUUGCCACCAGUGGUUGCUCCUUCAUCUGUUUCACCGACCUCUCUAUUUUCAACAAAAACAUCUUUAGCAAGUGAAAAAGAAGUUAACCAGACUUCCGAAAGCGAUGCUGGGUUAUUUCAGACAACAUUUUUAACAUCAACUAAAAAAACUACUGCCUUUACCUUUGGACAAAAAUCUGUGUUUUCUUCCCCUAAAGUUACUACACAUACUUUGCCAUUAUCUACCAUGAAGCAAAAAGUGGAGUUCUCUCUUACUGAAAAACCAAAGACUGACAUAAUUACCACGACUCAAAUAAUGACUCCUCCUCUCUCAGUCAUACCAUCUAGUACCUUCUUUCAUGUGUCAGAAGCAACAUCUCCUUCAUUACUUAUAUUAGAAGCACCAGGAACAUCAGUUGUGAAUCAGACAGAACCACAAGUGGGGGCACUUUUAACAGGAAUAGUAACAACAGCUUUCACAUCAACAAGCAAAAAUGUUACAGAGAAAAUUUCAGUUUUGUCUGAACAAGUGCCACUUUCUACUAUUUCUUAUAGUUCAACACUGCCUGCACUUAGAAUAACACUAGCUACCCCACAUUUUAUAACUACCACCAAAUCAGCACCCCUAGGAAUCAGUGUUCUCACAACGCAGAGUGUCACAAAAUCAUUAGCAGAGAAGACAGCAGGAAUAAGAGACUCCAUUGCAGCAUCCCUAUUUUCAGUGUCUUCUGUUCCUUCGGGAACAAAGAGUAUCACUUCUGAAAUACCGGAAACAGAGAGACAAAUACUUGUUACAAAGCUUCCUGUAUCACCUUUGACCACCAAACAUUCAAUUCCUCUCCCUUUUUCACCUGGUUCUACUGUCUUGGCUACAAUACCUAAGGUGCCAUCAGUGAUUAAAAUGCCUGCCACCUCAGCAAGCCCUUUACUGGCAUCACCAAUACAUCAAAAUGCCACAGUGGCAGGACCUGUUCUUUCCUAUUUAUCUACCAAACAAAUCUAUGAUUCUGCUACAGAAUAUUCUGCACAAUUGACUACAGUUGAAACUGUCUCAGGAGUUAAAGCAUCUGUUUUUGUGCCAUCUACAGAAACAGCAACACUGGCAGCAUGUGUACCAAUCACGGAGAAUGAGUGCAUAAAACAUAUUUGUUUAGAUGGACAACUCAUCCAAGUGAACAAAUCACAGUACUGCCCAUACAAUGCAACACAACCCAGCUGUGGAUUUCUUGGAUUUGCUGUCCAGAUUAAUGGAGAUAAAUGUUGCCCAAAAUGGGAAUGUGCAUGUCGAUGCACACUCUUCUCUGACCUGAGCUUGAUCACCUUUGAUGGGCACUAUCUGACUUUAUUUAAGGAGGCAUCCUAUGUUGUCAGCCAAACUCAGGAUGAGUCUAUAAGCAUUCAAAUUGCUGAUUGCACAAACACUCAGAAGGGCAUUUUAACUUCUACUCAUCUAUGUAUAGCAAUACUGAAUUUGACAUAUUUGUCUAACCAGAUUAUCAUUGACCGCGUAAACAGAAAGAUAGCUGUCAACUCAAGAUAUGCCUGGCCUACUGUUAGAAAAUAUGGAUUUAAAAUUGAAGAUACUGGCUUCAUGUACUUCAUUGAAACCCCAACAAAUAUUAAAAUCCAGUGGUUUCAUACCACCGGUGUGAUGGUAAUAGAAUUCAAUGCAACAAGUGUUCCAAAAUCCAUGGGACUUUGCGGUUUCUGUGAUGGAAGCUCAACAAAUGACCUCAUGUUACCCAGUGGUACUGUUUUAAGUACUGUGGGUGCAUCAGUUGUCUUUAUGGAUAGCUGGCAGGUGCCAAAUACAUUGAAGUAUACUGGAAGACAGAGAACUCGUGAAACAAACUGUUCGCUCAGAGAUUGUUCACCUUGUUUAAAUAUGUUGUUGAAUGAUACCUUUAACAGCUGCCAUCCUCAUAUUUCUCCAGAUUCCUUCUGUGAUUUGUGGGUUCAAGAUACAGAAUACAUUCAAAAUCCAUGUAUAGCACUAGCUGCUUAUGUUGCCAUGUGUAACAAAUUUAAUAUCUGCAUAGAAUGGAGGAGUUCCAGUUACUGCUCCUUUCCCUGCCCAGAUGGUCUCUCCUAUAAGCCAUGCAUAUCUGCCUGUGAUACACCAAGCACAUGUCAGAAUAUGGAGCCAGAACCUCAGAAUUCAGACUCUUGCUUAAUAAUAACAGAGGGCUGUGUCUGCGCAGAAGGAACCCUUCUUCACCGUGUUCACUCUGUUCUCUGCAUCCCAGAGGAGAAGUGUGCCUGUACAGAUAGUUCUGGAUUACCCCGUGCCCUGGGUGAGACUUGGAAAACUUCACAUAGUGGAUGCUGCAUGCAGACCUGUGUGGAAAACGAAACUAUUGCCCCUGUAGAGUACAACUGUUCAGCUACUUACGACUUAGAAUGUCAGCGCUUUGGGGAAGUGGCCUUACUUGUUCCAGAUGAUCAAUCCUGCUGUCACCAGAAAAUUUGUAGUUGUAAUCAGAGUCUGUGUGAAACAUUUAUUCCUGAAUGCAAAGAUCUGGAGAAACUGGUGACCUAUUACCAGGAUGAUUCCUGUUGUCCUGUUUACAGUUGUGAAUGUGAUCCAGCAAAGUGUGAGCCCAUGGAAGAGAUUCCAAACUGUCGAGCAGAUCAAACCUUGAUUGCUGCCCAUGUGGAAGGCACUUGCUGUGUAUCCUACAUCUGUGCAUGUGGAAUUUGCUCUGAUCAACUUCCAGUGUGUCAAGAAGGAGAAGUACUUAUUGUGGAUGGCAAUACAACAGACAGAUGUUGUCCUGCUUACCAGUGUAUUUGUGAAACCUAUCGUUGUCCUGAAUUUAAGUGUGUCUUAGGAAUGUCCUUGGUAGAAGUGUGGGGCCCAGAAAAGUGCUGUCCAUAUCAUACAUGCGAGUGUGCUUGUGACUCUAUUCCUAAGCCUCAGUGUAAACUGGGAGAGAAAAUUAUUCUCGAUGAACAAUUCCAGAACAGCACAGAAAAUGUUUGUCACUGCGCUAAAUACAAGUGUUCAAGAGAUAAAGUAUGCCUGAGCAAUGAAAGAGGUGUUCUGCUCCCUGGACAGGCCAUUGUUGAACACUCACCUGAUGGCAUUUGCUACACUUCCUACUGCACAAGUAUAAUGGAUCCUGUGACCAAGUACUAUCGGAUAAAUAUCUCCACAGUCAAUUGUGCGGCGAGGUGCAAAUCUCACCAAGUUUAUGAACAUCCAAAGGAUUUAACAACAUGUUGUGGAACAUGUAAGAAUAUAUCUUGCAUCCACACUUUUAGCAAUGGAACACUUUCACAUUUUAAGUCUGGCAGUGCUUGGAUUUCAAACUGUAUCAGAUAUGAGUGCACAAACACACCAGUUGGACCAGUUCUAGUAACUUCAGCCGUCAGCUGCCCACCCUUUAAUGAAACAGAGUGUGUGAAGGUUGGAGGAUAUAUUGUACCAUUCCUAGAAGGGUGCUGUAAAACAUGCAAAGAAGAUGGGAAAUUUUGUAAAAAGGUGACAGUUAGGAUGACAAUACGCAAGAAUGAUUGCCGAAGUAACACACCAGUAAAUAUUGUUUCCUGUGAUGGAAAAUGCCCUUCUGCAAGUAUUUAUAAUUAUAAUAUCAAUUCAUAUGCAAGAUUCUGCAAAUGCUGCAGAGAACUGGGGCUGCAUAGACGAAAUGUGCAGCUCUACUGCAGCGGGAACUCAACCUGGGUCAGCUACACAGUUCAAGAACCCACAGACUGUUCCUGCCAGUGGUCAUGAAAUAAUCAUAAAAGAAGUCGCUAAAUUCAACAUCAGUGAAGGAAAGUAAUAUCGCUCUCAGAAUUAUAACAGAAUUCAUCAGACACCCUUUGCCAAUGCAAUUGUCUAAAGAACCAUUUAAACUGAACUGAAUGCCAUUGUAUUUUGGACUGCUGUAUGUUUUCAGCAAUGAAGCUGAGUUUUUUGUUCUCUUUCAAAACUGAAAUUUGGGCCCAAAACAGACUUCGAGGGAUUUGCAGUUUUUCCCCAUUGUUUCUAAAGGGUACAUACAUGGUACCUAUUUGAGUUUUUUUUAAAAUGGGAGAGGUUGGGGAAACAUUAGAGGAUGCUUUUCAAGGUCUGUUAAAAGUUUGCAGCCUUUGGCUACUGGGGGUUGCCCACCUUUCCUUUCAAUUUAUAGCCCUGAUCCAAAUGGAUCUGCAAGCAAAAACGUAACUGCUAUUCUGGAUGAAGAUGUGAAUUCCCCUCUGAAUCAAAAUGUUUACCCAAUCAGUUUAGAUAGACUGGCAUACAUAUCCGGUGUUUGAGCCCUGUUGUGUUUUUAAGGCUAAAUUCAUGUGGUAUGUGCCAACUACCAAAAGAAAAGGGAUUGCCUUUCAGAGACUUUGAAGCAGGAUAAUAUUGAUUUAUGUGAUAGUCUAUUGCAUUAGGUGUCAAUUUUUUUUAAAGAACCACAUUUUAAAGUGGUAUACUAUCAUGACUGUACUGUAGUAUUUAUGCAUCAAUUUUGGAUACCUCUGAAGGUAUCUAAGAAAAAUGGUAUCCAGGACUGUUCAAUAUAAACAAUGCUGAUAAUGCAACGGGAAACAAAUGAUAACAUUAUGGGCAUGUUUAUCAGGGAGACGUUUUCCAUAUUGAUAACUGUAUAUAUAAACAUAUUUCCUGGUAUGAAAUACAACUUUUAAAAAUAUUUUAUCAUGUUAGAUUAAAUAUAUGUUCUAGGAAGUUUUAGCAAAAUAUUCAUCUUACUUUAAAAGAAUAUGAUAUGCUAAAUAAAACAACCAGUUUAUUAAAUAAAAAAAUACUUUCCCUUUCCUGAACUUUAUGAGAAAAUAAACAUUUUAUUAUAUAAUGCA